UCCCAAUGCAAAUCUCUGCAAUAGGCAAUAUACUUGCUUUAUUCAAGUAAUAUCUGUGAAGUAUUUAAAAGGUCUCGAGGUUGUUUUCUAGUGGAAAUUAUUUAUAUUGUCCGGUUUAUUAAAUAUUGUGGACUGUUCAACUCAAAAUGGACAAAGAUACGAUCAAAAUCCUUAUACGAAAGAGCCACGAGGCCAAGGCCAAUGCUUUCUGCAAGUACAGUCACUUUCGGGUUGGCGCAGCACUUUUGUGCGAUGAUGGGACCAUAUAUACGGGUUGUAACGUAGAAAACGCCGCCUACUGUUCCAUCUGUGCCGAGAUGACCGCUAUUGCCAAGGCCGUGUCUGAGGGUCACACAAAGUUCAAGGCCAUCGCGAUAGCCAGUGACCUCGAGAAUGAGAUUAUCGCGCCAUGUGGACCUUGCAGACAAUUCCUCAUUGAGUUCGGCACGGACUGGGUUGUUAUUAUGACUAAACCGGAUAUGACGUAUAAACAGAUGACAACCGGCGAACUACUUCCGCUCUGCUUUGCUGAGGAAUCUUUGAAUGGGAUGAAGAACGGCACAACGUGAUCUUAUGAUUUUACGAUGAACUCAUUACACUCGGUCGAUAUAUUACUGAUACAUGAAUCUCAGUAUUAUACCUGUGUUUUCUAAUAAAUGUAUUGCUUUCCCUGUAAAUAUAUUGGAGAAAAAAAUAC